UAAUCAAAUUUCGUAAUUUUUUUCGUGAACCAAGUCUCUUUCCUACCUCAUGACCGUGAGAACUUUGAAAAACUCGUAGGAAAAUAACACCAACUUAUUUAUAUAUAUAAUAAAGCACCAGAGAGAGCUCUCUCCCCCACUACUAAAUAGACUUCCUUCUCAUUAGAUCUAUUCAUCGUCACUGAUGAAUCGGAGCGAGGGUUUGAUGGCCCACCGCUCCCCAGUGCUGUCGCUGGCCGUAACCGCCCUCGCCGUGGCAGUAUUCUUCUCCGCCACCGCCCCCCUGGCCUCCGCCGCCAACUCACCGCCGGCCUACACCAACCACACUGUCGGCGGCGUCGCCGGCUGGCUCUUCAACUCCUCCUCCAACUCCUCCGCGACCAACUACUCCGCCUGGGCCAAAUCCCAGAAAUUCUUUCUGGGCGAUUACCUCAUUUUUAACACGAAUGCGAACGCGAGGGUGAUCCAGACCAAGAAUGAGACGACGUACCAGAAAUGCAGUACCGACGAGGACAACGGCGACGACACCUUCGUCUACUCCCCCACCGCUGGUGGCCCCGGAGGGGCUGCUGCGGCGGCGCUGGCGGUGCCGCUGACGGAGGAGGGGUUGAACUACUUCUUCUCGGACGCGGACGACGGGAUCCAGUGCUUCCAGGGGAUGCGGUUCCAGAUCUCGGUGGCGCACGGCCUAGGGCUGCCGCCGGCGCUCAGCCAGCCACCGCCGCCGCCGUACAAGGACCCGUCGCCCCCGCCGAUGUCGUCGUCGUCGACGAUCCCGGGGACCAGCGACCAGGGGGAGAGGUUCUACAAUGGGGCUUCGCCGGCGAGGGUGAUCGGUGGCGGGGUCUGCGGACUUGCUUUUUGGGGCUUUUUUGGCGUUUUCUUGGUGUAAGAGGGGGUCGGGAUUCCGCGUUGAGCUGAGCUGGCCUCCAUUUUUUUCAGUUGCUUAAUUUAUAUUUAAACCUAGUAUUUUAUUUCUGUUUUGUUUACUUUUUAGUUCUGGAUCCACAGGCAUGAAUAAUAAUAAAAAUUUCGGGAUUAGUAGUGACAUUUUAAUAA